AUGUGUUGGCUGCGUAUUUAUUUUUUGUGCCUCGUCGUUACAUUCUGCAUCCUUUUCGGAGUGUCCCACUCCACCAGCGACUCCAUUUGUGUCCUGAGCGAUGCGCCUCAGCAAUGUGGCGCCUUCUGCCUGGCAGCAUUGCAUCCACUGUACGAUCAGUACUCCAAGUCCAGGCAACAGGAGCACAGCCAAGAGGCAAUGGUGAAGAUGAUAGAGGAUUUUCGGACUGAGCAGAAAAAGAUCGUUAAUAGCGAAGAGGCAAUAUUGAAGAUCAUAGCGGAUUCUCGGGCUGAGCAGAAGGAGCUCGUGAAUGACAGCCAAGAGGCAAUGGUAAAGAUCAUAGCGGAAUCUCAGGCUGAGCAGAAGGAGGCAAUGGUGAAGAUGAUAGAGGAUUUUCGGACUGAGCAAAAGGAGCUUUUGAAUCACUACUAUCUGGAUGUUCGGGAGCUGUUGAAUGAACUUGCGGCGAAUCUAACUUCCACUGCAAGAAGAGAUGAGUCCACCUUGCAGAGCAUGCCAGUUACAGUGCCGCCUGGGUUCCAGAAGAUUGGAUCCAAAUACUUUUUAAUAGAAGAUAAUGAGUGGAAAACCUGGACUGGUGCCGAAGAAACCUGUCGCGAAAAGGGCAGUCACCUAGCAACCUUCCGAAACGAAGACGAGUUUGAAGCCGUCGCAAGACGCGUCCAUAAUGAAACCAUAUUCUGGCUGGGUUACCGUCGAAAUAGUAAGGGCGAAAUGGUGAGGGCCGCCGGAAAGGAAGAAUCGUUUAUGAUGCGGCGGUUAGGAGAACUCAACCAAAAUGGUUAUAAUGAGAACGUUAUCCUGUACAACUUAAGUAUUUAUUAUACGAAUUACAAAUUUGCCCUUCCCUUCAUUUGCCAGUUGGACACGGUUCAAGAAAGAUAA